CGCCCGCGCCCCUCCUGCCGGCGCGCCGCAGCAGCUCCAGAGGCUUGGCCCGAAGCGCGGGGCGAUGGCGAGCCCGCCGCCGCAGGGGCCCCCGGAGCCGGCGGGCGGCCCCAACCUCAACAACAACAACAACAACGACAACCACAGCGUGCGCAAGUGCGGCUACCUGCGCAAGCAGAGGCACGGCCACAAGCGCUUCUUCGUGCUGCGCGGGCCCGGCGCGGCCGGCGAUGAGGCGGGCGGAGCGGGGGGCCCGCCGCAGCCGCCGCGGCUCGAGUACUACGAGAGCGAGAAGAAGUGGCGGAGCAAGGCGGGCGCCCCGAAGCGGGUGAUCGCGCUCGACUGCUGCCUCAACAUCAACAAGCGCGCCGAUGCCAAGCACAAGUACCUCAUCGCCCUCUACACCAAGGACGAGUACUUCGCUGUGGCGGCCGAGAACGAGCAGGAGCAGGAGGGCUGGUACCGCGCGCUCACCGAGCUGGUGAGCGAGGGCCGCGCGGCCGGCGCCGCCGACGGCUCCCCUGCCGGCUCGGCUCCGGCUGGGGCUGCGUCCUGCAGCGCCUCCCUGCCCGGCGCCCGGGGCGGCUCGGCCGGCGCCGCGGCCGACGACAGCUACGGGCUGCUGGCGCCCGCCACGGCCGCCUACCGCGAGGUGUGGCAGGUGAACCUGAAGCCCAAGGGCCUGGGCCAGAGCAAGAACUUGACGGGCGUGUACCGGCUGUGCCUGUCGGCGCGCACCAUCGGCUUCGUGAAGCUCAACUGCGAGCAGCCGUCGGUGACGCUGCAGCUCAUGAACAUCCGCCGUUGCGGCCAUUCGGACAGCUACUUCUUCAUCGAGGUGGGCCGCUCGGCCGUCACGGGUCCCGGCGAGCUGUGGAUGCAGGCCGAUGACUCGGUGGUGGCGCAGAGCAUCCACGAGACCAUCCUGGAGGCCAUGAAGGCGCUCAAGGAGCUCUUCGAGUUCCGGCCGCGCAGCAAGAGCCAGUCGUCGGGCUCCUCGGCCACGCACCCCAUCAGCGUGCCGGGCGCGCGCCGCCACCACCACCUGGUGAACCUGCCCCCGAGCCAGACGGGCCUGGUGCGCCGCUCGCGCACCGACAGCCUGGCCGCCACCCCGCCCGCCGCCAAGGGCAGCGCCUGCCGGGUGCGCACGGCCAGCGAGGGCGACGGCGGCGCGGGGGCGGCGGCGGGAGCGGCAGGGGCGGCGGGGCCGGGGGCCGGCGCGGCGGGCGGCCGGCCCGUGUCGGUAGCAGGCAGCCCCCUGAGCCCCGGGCCGGUGCGCGCGACCCUGAGCCGCUCGCACACCCUGAGUGCGGGUGGCAGCGGCCGCGCCUGUAAGGUGGCACCGUCGCCGGCAGGCGGCAUCCUGCAGCACAGCCGCUCCAUGUCCAUGCCCGUGGCGCACUCGCCCCCGGCGGCCACGGCCGCUGCUACCAGCCCCGGCAGCCUGUCGUCCAGCAGCGGCCACGGCUCGGGCUCCUACCCACUGCCUUCGGGCCCGCACCCGCUGCCGCACGCCUCCGGCCAGCGGCCCUCCAGCGGCAGCGCCUCCGCCUCGGGCUCGCCCAGCGACCCUGGCUUCAUGUCCCUGGACGAGUACGGCUCCAGCCCCGGCGACCUCAGAGCCUUCUGCACGCACCGGAGCAACACGCCCGAGUCCAUCGCCGAGACGCCCCCGGCCAGGGACGGUGGCAGCGGGGGUGAGCUAUGUGGGUACAUGACCAUGGAGCGGCCCCUGAGCCACUGUGGCCGCGCCUAUCGCCGGGUCUCCGGGGACAGCGCCCAGGACAUGGAGCGCGGCUUAAGGAAGCGCACCUACUCGCUGACCACCCCCGCGCGCCAGCGCCCGGCACCCCAGCCCUCGUCGGCCUCGCUGGACGAGUACACUCUGAUGCGGGCCACGUGCUCGGGCAGUUCGGGCCGCCUGUGCCCGUCCUGCCCCGCGUCGGCCUCGCCCCGUGUGGCCUACAACCCCUACCCAGAGGACUAUGGGGACAUCGAGAUUGGCUCGCACCGCAGCUCCAGCAGCAACCUUGGCGCGGACGACGGCUAUGUGCCCAUGACGCCCGGCGCCGCCCUGCUGGGACCUGGCCGCGGCGGGGGAGGUGAUGACUACAUGCCCAUGAGCCCCACCAGCGUGUCUGCGCCCAAACAGAUCCUGCAGCCGCGCACUCCCGCCCCUGCCGCCCUCCCCCCGGCCACGGGGACGGUGGUGCCUGUGCCCGGUCCCCCAGCCAUGCCCAACGUCAGGGCCUGCUCUGGGACCUCCACUGGCGGCUACAAGGCCACCUCUCCAGCCGAGAGUUCCUCGGAUGACAGCGGGUACAUGCGCAUGUGGUGCGGCUCCAAGCUAUCCACGGAACCCACGGACGGACGACCGCUGCCCAACGGGGACUACCUCAACAUGUCCCCAGGUGGCGAGGCGGGCACUGCCGGCACCCCGCCUGACUUUUUUUCCUCCGUUGCCUCCCCCGGCGGCGGCACGGGAGGCAGCGAUGCCCUCAAGGGUGGACUUGGCUUCUGCUAUAGCUCCGUGCCCCGGACGUGCCAUCGGGCUCCUUACACCAGUGCUGGCGGAGACAAUAAUGACCAGUAUGUGCUCAUGAGCUCCCCGGUGGGCCGCAUCCCGGAGGAGAGGAGACUGGAGCCGCAGGCGGACAGCCAUGGCCGGCCUCACCCCGCAGUAGUGCCUUCGCCGCUGCGCCCCUGCGGCAGCCGCCCUGAGGGCUACCUGAGCCAGCGCUGCCGGGCAGUGCGGCCCACACGCCUGUCCCUGGAGGGGCUGCGGACCCUGCCCAGCAUGCACGAGUACCCCCCGCCUCCGCCCGAGCCCAAGAGCCCCGGCGAGUACAUCAACAUCGACUUUGGGGAGGCGGGCACGCACCUGUCGCCUCCUGCGCCCCCGCUGCUGGCGGCGGCUGCCUCAUCCUGCUCGCUGUUGUCGGCUGGUAGCCCGGCCUCAUCGCUGGGCUCGGGCACACCGGGCACCAGCAGUGACAGCCGCCAGCGCUCGCCGCUCUCGGACUACAUGAACCUCGACUUUUGCUCCCCUAGGUCACCCAGGCCGGGCACGCAGGGCAGCGGCGACACCGUGGGCUCCUUGGAUGGCUUGAUGUCGCCAGAGGCCAAUGGCACGUACCCACCACUGCCCCCGCGCCCCUCCACCUCGCCUUCCCGCUCCUCACAGCAGCCCCCGCCUGUGCCCUCACCCGCAGCCCUACCGCCACCCUCACUCGGGGAACUGCACUGCCUACCCCCUGCGCAGCCUGCAGCCCGGGCCCCAGGUCCCAGCACCGCUGCUGUCGCGGACGCUGCUGACGGCGGGGAUUACACCGAGAUGGCCUUCGGCAUGGCCGCCACCUCCCCCCAGCCCAUCGCGGCGCCCCUGAAGCCGGAAGGGCAGCGAGUGGCCAGCCCCACGGCAGGGCUCAAGAGGCUGAGUCUCAUGGAGCAGGUGUCCGGGGUCGAGGCCUUCCUGCAGGCCGGCCAGCCCCCGGACCCACACCACGGCGCCAAGGUCAUCCGCGCAGACCCUCAGGGAGGCCGGCGUCGCCACAGCUCGGAGACCUUCUCGUCCACCACCACUGUUACCCCCGUGUCCCCGUCCUUCGCACACAACCCGAAGCGCCAUAACUCGGCCUCAGUGGAAAAUGUCUCUCUCAGGAAAAGCAGCGAGGGCGGCGGGCCCACCGGGGUGGCAGGUGAGGAGCCCCCCACGUCCCCGCGCCAGGCACAGCCGGCUCUAGCAGUGCCCCCACUUGCCGCGCAGGCACGGGUCUGGACCCCUGGCCUACCUGGCGUCACCGGUGCCCCCAUGCGCAGAGAGACAUCCGCCGGCUUCCAGAAUGGCCUCAACUAUAUCGCCAUUGACGUGCGGGACGAGUCUGGGUUGUCUGCGCAGCACCAACACAUGCCGUCUGGGGCCGACAGGAGCUCCUGGAGCAGGACCCGCAGCCUCGGAGGCCUCAUCGGUGCCGUGGGGGGCAGCGGCACCGGCCCUCUGCCCUCAGCCAACGCCUAUGCUAGCAUCGACUUCCUGUCGCACCGCCUGAAGGAGGCCACCGUGGUGAAAGGAGUUUGCCAGGAGCAGCCCAGGAGCCUCGGAGUUGCACGUGCUGGUGCCCAUCGAGCUGCGCUGCCAUCGAGUGAAGGCUGUACAGCCAGACGGCAGUCAGCGUCUGCCUGACCGGAAGCCACUUCCCAUCCCCCUUUGGAUCUGCGCGAUGACCACGCUUGUGAGGCCUGUGGGCUGCGCUGGCCAGGAGCCCACGCACGGCGGGCAUCACCUCAUCAUGCUGAUUGUUAUUACCAUUGUUAUUAUUUUAAGAAACAAAAGUGUGAUAUGAGCAGAAGGCACGAUUCUCCAAACACUUGGCUGUUCCCAAUGGCCCCGUGAGCUAGGGCCAGCAUCUUCAUUUCCUCUCUGCUGGUAUUGACAAGGCUGAGGAGCACAUCCUUCAGCAUGCUAGGAGAUGCUCAGCCAACACCCAGGGGAGUGGUCAAAGCUGGUGUGGACCAGCGUCUUCUGAAAGUACCACAGUCCUACCUCAGUUCCAGGAACAGCCUGAGCAGCAUGGCUCCCCAGCCAGGCACCUGCCACGUGGGACUGCCGCUGCCCCAUGGGAGACCACCUCAGCAUUGGGCCUUGCAGGAGGAUCAGUAAGUGGCGUUUAC